AUGUCGUUCAGGCGGAGAUUCAACGACGUCGAUGAAUCCGAUACGUUAUUGCACAGGAGAGGAGAAGAGCAGACCGAGACAUGGUGGAAACCGAAACCGAACAAACUGAAACAAGUCUCGGAAAAAGUAUCAGGUCCCAAGUGGAAGAAUUUUGUUAGGAAGAUGAGUGGAUAUUGCCAUAAGCCGAAGUGUCAAAAGAACAGGUUUCAGUAUGAUCCUUGUAGCUAUGCUCUCAACUUCGAUAAUGGUUCUGAUAAAGGAGGAGACGAUUUGCUUCGGAAUUUCUCUUACAGGUUUGCUGCUCCGUUUGAAGAUGAUCGACAACAAGCCCGACCGGGAAUGUAA